ACUGCCCUGAAACAAACGCAUUCAUACAAAUUGCGGGACGUAUGUUCAUGAAUAACAUUCAACUAACCAGAAUCAGUGCAGUCAAGUGGCUAAACUGCUAUCCAUUGGGAACUGCUGAAUACCUUGAACCGUAAUAAAAGAACAAUAACCUAGCGCAAAGAAACUAGUUGGUCUGCACUGGACCUUUAAAAAGACAUUGGAUAUUGAAAUUGACCUUUCCUUUUCAAAGCACUAUAAAAGGUGUGGGGUGUUAUCACGCGUAAGUCAAUACCAUGGCUCUUGGUUGUGGAUACAAGUGCUUGCAGUGUUUGUUAAUUAUUUUCAACUGUGCAGCCUUCAUAUGUGGUCUUGCUCUCAUUGUGGUUGGUGCGCUUGGACUACAUUCUGUUGUCAAUCACUGGAAAGACAUUGAACCUCCGCUUCAAUCACUCAUCAUCUUCAUUAUUGUCCUCGGAUGUUUCUUGUUCGUUUUAGGGGGUUUGGGAAUGUUUGGUGCAUGCACGAAGAAUGUCUGUUUAUUGACUAUGUACUGUAUUCUUUUGACAGUUUUAAUAAUCUUAGAAAUAGCUGCAGGAAUAUUUGCGAUAAUAGAAAAACCCAAGGUCAAAAAACACGUAACAGAUGCAUUAAAAGAAUUCAUAGAAGAAUACAAGCAAAAAAAGCAUGUUAGAAAAGUUCUUGAUGAAAUCCAAGAAAAAUUGCAAUGUUGUGGAGCUGAAUCUUCGGACGAUUAUGGAGGGUCGAUACCCGAAUCAUGCCUCCAUGAGGGAAAACCAUUCACAGAGGGAUGUAUCAAAAAAGUCAGUGAAAUAAGCAAAAAGCACUUAAAUGCUAUCAUAGUCAGCGUAUUUCUAUUUGCAUUGGUACAAUGUACGUGCUUAAUAUUCGCAGUAUGUGUUCUAUUGGCCAUAAAGCGUGGUAAUGAUGAAUAGAGUUACAUAACAAAGAAUAUAUUUUGUGAAAAUAAUUACGAACAGAAAUAACAACAACUACUGGAAACGUUCAGUGAAGAACAUCUAAACUUUGUUAUUCACUCAUCAAUUUUAUACACAUUUUGUCCAACUUUCAAAUUGAUUUUUCUCUUAGUCUUUUUGAAUAUAUUCUCUAUUCACUAAUCCAUAUAAAAUUAGUUAAUUUUUAACUUUACCUUUGUUAAACAAUCGAAUUAUUCAAUAAUCCGUCUCUCACUAAACAUAAACUGCCUCAACAGACCAAGCGCAAAAAUACAUGCAAUUUUUGUCCCACAGUUUACUGUUAUAGUUUACUAGCGCCUUGGAUUUGAAUAAAAUGAUGGGUAUUCCAUAUACGUUUCAUCCAGAAUUGUGUAUUAUGGUUAUUUAC